GCCCCCCCCGGUGACAGCCACCGGGGAGACGGGACGGUCCCCAAGGAGCUCCACCGGCUCGUUGGGAAGCGCGGCACCAUGAUGCCACCGGGACGGAUCCUGCUGCUGGUGCUGGUUCUGCUGCCGCCGGGUCCCGCCGCGCCGUGCUCCCCCCAGCCCAACGCCACCCGGUUCGUCUGCACGGAGCCCACGCUGCGGACCUUCCCCGCGGGGCUGCCCCGCACUACGCUGGCCAUCUCGGUGGAGUUCACGGCGCUCGCCGCCCUCCUGCCCACGGCGCUGGUGCCGGUGCCGCGCCUGCAGGAGCUACACCUCUCCUCCAACCUCCUGGCCACGCUGCCCGCAGCGCUGCUGCGUCCCGUGCCCGCGCUGCGCGUCCUCGACCUGACCAACAACCUCCUGCUCGACCUCCCCACCGACAUCUUCAUCAGCAAUGAGCACCUCCAGCACUUGGUGCUGCGCGGGAACCGGCUGCGGGCGCUGCGUCCCGCGUGGUUCCAGCACCUUCCCCGCUUGCUCUGGCUCGACCUGGGUGCCAACGCGCUGGCGGAGGUGCCACCGGAGGUUUUCCACCCGCUGCAUUCCCUACGGAGCCUGGAUCUGUCCCACAACCUCCUUGCGGCUCUGCCACCGGGAGCGCUGGCCGGGCUGCGGGCGCUGGAGCAGCUCGACCUGGAGGGGAACCGGCUGCUCACGCUGCCGCCCGCCUCCUUCGCGCCCGCGCCCGCCCUGCGCCUGCUCUUCCUGCAGGAUAACGAGCUGCGGGAGCUGCCCGCCCGCAUCUUCCUCCCGCUGCGCCACCUCCGUGUCCUCGACCUGGCGCGGAACCGGCUGCGGGCGCUGGAGCUGCCCCCCCGCGCCCCCGGCCCCGCGCUGGAGCUGGACAUGUCGGGCAACCCCUGGGACUGCGGGUGCGCGCUGCUGGCGAUGCUGCGGAGGGUGGCCCCGCGGGUCACCGCUGCCGCUGACACCCGCUGUGCCAGCCCCGCUCACCGCCGGGGGCAGGAGGUGGCUGCCCUGAGCGGGGCUGGGGACACGGGCUGUGAGCACAAGGGGGACGGGCAGCACCCGCCGGGCCCAUAGGUGAGGGGUUUGGUGGCACCGCAGGGGCUCGAGGGUGCCGCCUCCCUCCCUGCUGCUUUGCCCCCAGCCCAUAGGAACUCUCCUGGGGAAACUGAGGCAGGGAGAGCCGGGCUGCAAAUGUCCCCAUGCUGUGAUGCCCAUCCCAGUGGCCCCCAGCCCCACCAUGGCUCAGGCUGUCCCACGUCCCUGUCCUCAUCCUGCGUGGCUCAUGUCCCUGUCCCCACCCCACAAACGCACAUUAAAUGCCAUCACUUGGAGCCAUC